UAAUCGGCAACAUGAUCCGAGCCAGCAGGCUGUUGCUUCUGUUGCUUAUGGUGCUUGGGGUGCAUUCGUCGUCGCUGUAUCUGGUACCUGACAAUUAGCUACGGUUUGGUUCGUUCCCCGCAUUAUUGUCUCGUCCGGCGUCAGCUCUAGAUUGCGAUGCAGUCGCUGGGAUAAAAAUCCCUUGGCUGCUAUAUAGUCAAGCCUAAUCCCAUUUAUUUCCCAGCAGCUCGACGAUUGCUCUUCAACUCGUAUCCCAAAAUCGUAAAGAUGACGGCUUUCAGGUACUUGUGCGGAGCGUUGGCUGCUGCCGGAACUGUUCUCCAGGGCGUAUCCGCUCAGGGUGUUGCAGGAACCUACACGGAUGCGGAUACCGGAAUUAUCUUUGCUACACAGACAAUUCCCGAUGGAAACCCGCUCCAAGGUCUCACAAAGGGUGGGUACACCGUUGGUAUGGCAUUGCCAGCCAAUGCCGCCACUGUCGAUGCAACUGAGUAUAUCGGAAUGAUCAUUGGUUCAUCUGCAAACGCGACAACGGCUGGAACUGGAUGGGCAGGAUUCUCCCAUGGCGGUGGUAUGACCAACAACCUUUUGCUCAUGGCAUGGCCAUAUAAUGGCAAAAUCUUGACCUCUUUCCGUCAAGCAUCCGGUUAUGUUGACCCUAACAUCUAUACUGGCAAUGCCAUCCUUUCUCAAAUCUCAGCCACUAUUAAUGCGACCCAUUACAAGCUGAUCUACCGUUGCCAAAACUGUCUUGCUCUAGAUCUUUCCGGCGGCACUGAUACGACUCAUUCUACCAGCGGUGUAUUGGUGUUGGCAUGGGCCCAGGCUUUCCCAGCUCCAAUUACCCCGAGUGAUCCAAACUCGGAUAUCGUUCAGCACGACAAUGGUAUGGGCAUCUACGGUGCCCCAGCCGCCAACAUGAUCCAGGCCAACUAUGCUACGUGGGCUGCGCUGGCAGUGCCGCCAACCACUACUACCGCCGCUCCUACAUCCACAGGAACUGCUGCCCCUACAACCACAAAAUUCCCAGUUAUCCCCGUCCCUACCGGGACCUACGAUUAUAUUGUAGUUGGUGGUGGAGCUGGUGGUAUUCCAGUAGCAGAUAAAUUGUCUGAGACCGGAAAGAGCACUCUCCUUAUCGAGCGUGGGCCACCAUCUUCUGGCAGAUGGAAGGGAACAAUGAAGCCUACGUGGCUCGAGGGCACCAACCUCACUCGCUUUGAUGUUCCUGGUCUUUGCAACGAGAUCUGGGUUGACUCAGCCGGUAUUGCCUGCAACGAUAUUGAUCAGAUGGCAGGUUGCGUUCUCGGAGGAGGAACUGCCGUCAAUGCUGCAUUGUGGUGGAAGCCAAACCCAAUCGAUUGGGACUACAACUUCCCCACUGGAUGGAAGGCGGCCGACAUGGUUGCAGCCACCAACAGGGUGUUCUCGAGAAUCCCGGGAACUGAUACCCCGUCUAUGGAUGGGCUGAGAUAUCUUCAACAGGGAGAGAACGUCAUCGCAGCUGGUCUCAAGCAAGGAGGCUGGAAGGAGGUUACCGCCAACAACGUUCCCGGCGAGAAGACCAAGACCUUCAGUCACACACCAUUCAUGUUUUCCAAUGGAGAGAGAGGAGGACCCAUGGCGACGUACUUGGUAACCGCGAGCGCGAGAAAGAACUUUGGAAGAUGGGAGAACACCUCCGUCAGGAGAGUCAUUCGCGUUGGUGGACACAUUACCGGUGUUGAGGUUGAGCCAUAUGCCGCCGGAGGUUACACCGGUAUCGUUAAGGUCACCCCCAUUACUGGCCGCGUUGUUCUUUCCGCUGGAACGUUCGGAAGCACCAAGAUCUUGAUGCGCAGUGGUAUCGGCCCAGCUGAUUCAUUGGCCAUCGUCAAUGCCAGCACUGUUGAUGGCCCAACAAUGAUCAAGUCUGACGACUGGAUCACCCUUCCAGUUGGAAACAACUUGGAGGAUCACACCAACACCGAUCUCGUCGUUUCUCACCCCGAUGUCGUCUUCUACGACUUCUACGAGGCAUACACCAACCCCAUCGCCGCCGACAAAAACGCCUACCUCAACAAGCGCUCCGGCAUCCUCGCUGAGGCCGCCCCCAACAUCGGCCCUAUGUUCUGGGAUGUCAUCCCCGGCGCCGACGGCAUCAACCGCCAACUUCAAUGGACCGCCCGUGUCGAGGGAUCCCUCGGAGAGGAAAACGGCAAGACAAUGACUCUAUCCCAAUACCUCGGCCGUGGCGCCGUAUCCCGUGGCAGACUGAACAUCCUGAAGGAUCUCACCAUGGCAGUAUCUCAGGUUCCAUACCUUCAAAACGCCAACGACAUCGCCGCCGUCGUCAAGGGCAUCGAAAACUUGCAGACUGCUCUCAGCGGGGUUAAGAACCUCACUUGGCUCCAGCCAGCGCCCGGCGUCAGCGCUGCCGACUACGUCAAGAACAUGGUCGUCGCCACCGGCAACCGCCGCGCCAACCACUGGAUCGGAACCGCCAAGAUCGGCGGCGACGACGGCCGCAACGGCGGCACCGCCGUUGUAGAUCUCAACACCAAGGUCUACGGAACAGACAACCUCUUCGUCGUCGACGCCUCCAUCUUCCCCGGAAUGGUCACCACCAACCCCUCCGCCCUGAUCGUCAUUGCCGCCGAACAGGCCGCCGCCAAGAUCAUCGCGCUCCCAAACAAUGUUGCUCAGGCUAAGUACGCACAAUGCGGAGGCCAAUCGUGA